AUGGUCUCUCUUCUAAACACUAUGACCCCAGCACCUCUCACUCCUAACUCCUUCAAUAGCAGCAAUAACAGCCAGCCUUUCAUCCCAGAGCUUAACGUAGUCAAAGCUGUUGUUUUGGGUUUUGUGCUUGGAGGUCUGAUCUUGUUUGCAGUUGUGGGAAACAUUCUGGUGAUACUUUCAGUGGUGUGCCAUAGAAACCUCAGGACAGUCACAAACUAUUUCAUUGUCAACCUGGCUGUGGCCGACCUGCUUAUCACCUCCAUCGUGCUGCCUUUCUCUGCCAUUUUGGAGAUUCUGGACCGCUGGGUUUUUGGGCGAGUGUUCUGCGAUAUUUGGGCUGCUGUGGAUGUGCUCUGCUGUACUGCCUCCAUCAUGAGUCUAUGUGUCAUCUCGGUGGAUCGCUACAUUGGAGUGAGCUACCCUUUGAGAUACCCGGCAAUGAUGACAAAGCGGCGGGCACUGCUGGCUGUGUUGCUCCUCUGGGUGCUGUCCGUCAUAAUAUCCAUCGGACCUUUAUUUGGAUGGAAAGAGCCAGCCCCAGAAGAUGAAACAAUUUGCAAGAUCACAGAAGAGCCUGGGUAUGCCAUCUUCUCCGCUGUGGGCUCCUUCUACCUCCCACUGGCAAUCAUUCUGGUGAUGUACUGUCGAGUUUAUGUGGUCGCCCAUAGGGAGAGCCAGGGUAUGCGAGAGGGGAAAAAGACAGAGAAGUCCCACUCAGAGCACGUUAUCUUGCGAAUACACAGAGGCAACGCUCCAGUUUCUGAAGACGAGGCACUCAGGAGCAGUAAGCACUUUGCCCUCAGACUGCUGAAGUUUUCCAGAGAGAAGAAAGCAGCAAAGACCUUGGGCAUCGUGGUCGGAUGCUUCAUACUCUGCUGGUUCCCGUUCUUCCUGGUUCUGCCAAUCGGCUCCAUGUUUCCUGCCUACAGACCGUCCGAAACAGUCUUCAAGAUCACCUUUUGGCUCGGCUAUUUCAACAGCUGCAUUAAUCCCAUCAUCUACCCAUGCUCCAACCAGGAGUUCAAAAAAGCCUUCCAGAGCUUACUUGGCUGCAUAAAAGAGACUCCUUCCAGACCGCCUCAUCUCAUCCAGAGCCAGGGUCCGCAGGGUCGACCUAACUCACUGGGAUUAGACAAUAACCGCACUCCGUCCCGCCUCAGCCCUUCCUCCUCUCUGGUUUUAUCCAGAACACCUUCUUCUAAAGACAGCAGAGACUGGAAGAGCCAGCUGGCUCUCUUUAUCAUGUUAGUGUUGGUUUGCGUGAUCUUGUGGUUGUUGACCUCAAUCCUGAUCAGUCCCAAGCCUCUUAAAAUCCACCAGAUUUAG